AUGAAGGGAACGUGUGUAAAAUGUCAUCGUUUCACUUGCAAAACAAAUGGAUUAAAUGGUAAAAUACUAAUGGCCCAAUUGAGUGCAAUCGAUAUGGGUAUGUUUGAAGUUGUAGAUGAGCUGGAAAGUUUUGUUGGAGGAAAACUCAAGGAGAAAGGUGACAAUUCCGAUAAAGUGUUGAAGUGUAUCGAUUCUGCUCUGAAUCGAAUCACAGAGCGAGCAAAAACAAAUUCUGAUGAGCAUUCAGUGAAACCGGUGAAGAAUGGUGUCGAAUUAAGACAAUCAUUAUUACGUGCCUACUUGAGAAAUCAUCUUUUCAAACAUGUGCGACGUUGCCAGUUAUGUGGACGUAAUAAUGGUACAAUUAAGAACGAUGUUGGUCGAUGUAUAUUAAUUCAUUUUGGUGUUGGGACCAAAUCAGCAAGAUAUGACGAUAAGAAGAUGCUAAAUGAAGAUUAUUUGACGAUGUCACCAGCAAUGGAUGAUAAUGCUGAAUUAUUAUUGUCGAAGCAGUUGGUGGCUGUUGAAAAUGGUACUUGUGAUAAGUUAGCGUGGGGAGGUUUUGAAGUUCGGCAGCAUUUCAGAAUGCUUUGGAAGAACGAGUCAAAUUUCUUGAGAAAAGUGUUUCCGUUGUUCGAUCAGCGUGAUAAUAGAAUCGAAUAUCCAAUGGAUGUAUUAUUCUGUGAAAAAGUAUUGGUACCACCAACGAAAUAUCGACCAAUUCGUCUGUUCAAAGGUGAUAAAUUCGAGGAUCCUCAAACGGUGAAUCUAAGAAAAUUACUCGAAGCAACCGAAACAAUCCGUAAUAUUAAACUGGCUUUGAAAGACAGUAGUAAUACUGAUCGAUUGGAAUUCGUCUCGAAUCAAGUGCGUGGUAAAACAAUGGAAGAGAAAUUGUUCAAUUCGUAUUUGGCACUACAACAACGAAUUGGCGCAAUUUUCGAUGAAGAUUUGAGUAAGAAAUUCGGUGAAAAGGGUUCAAUUCCUGGUAUAAAGCAAAUACUCGAAAAGAAACAGAAGGCGUUACGGAUGAACUACGCGCCUUGCAAAGCAUACAAUGCAGAUUUUGACGGUGACGAGAUGAAUGGUCAUUUCGUGCAAAAUUAUAUCGCCCAAACCGAAGUGGCUGAAAUUGCAAAUGUUGGAUCAAAUUACUUGGUACCAAAAGAUGGAACUCCAUUGUUGGGCUUGAUUCAAGACCAUGUAGUGUCGGGUGUUCUUUUAACGAUGAGAGGUCGUUUCUUCAGUAAAGAAGAUUUUAUGCAUUUGGUGCUCUCUGCAUUCGCUGAGACCAGGCAACGCAUCGUGAUACCAAAACCAGCAAUGUUAAAACCACAAGUUUUAUGGAGUGGUAAACAGGUGAUAAGUACAAUCCUAAUGAAUACAAUACCGGCCGGUCAACCGCGAAUUAAUCUAAUUUCUAAAGCGAAAACGCCAUUAACGUGUUGGAAAGUGGCUAAUUUGCCGACGCCAAAAUUUGAUAUGAGUGAAUCACAAGUCAUUUUUAGAGAUGGUGAGUUGUUGGUGGGUGUUUUGGAUAAACAACAUUAUGGUAGCACACAGUAUGGGUUAAUACACUGCUGUUGGGAACUGUAUGGACAUCGAUGUGCCACGACGAUCCUUAGUCGUUUUUCACGUCUUUUUACCACUUAUCUUCAAUAUCAUGGAUUCACUCUUGGAGUGGCUGACAUCUUGGUGACGAAAGAGGCAGAUAAGAAACGUAGGAAAGUGAUAAAAGCUCUUCGGAAAUGCGGUGAUGAGGUUGCAAUGGAGUGUUUCGGUUUGAAUCCUGAAACAACAACGCAAAAAGAAAUUAAAAAUUUAUUGGCUCAGUGUUAUUGUAAUCCGAAAGGUGACCAACAAGGUGUGCAACAACUGGAUUUCAAAAUGAAAGAGAAACUGAAUAAAUUCUCCGAGCAGAUUAAUGGUGCGUGUGUGCCGUCCGGUCUGAUUCGAACGUUUCCACGAAACGCUUUACAGUUGAUGAUUCUUUGUGGCUCGAAGGGUACAAUGGUUAAUUCAGUUCAGAUCAGUUGUGGACUGGGUCAGAUAGAGUUGGAAGGACACCGACCCCCGAUAACGGUCGUUGGCAGGACAUUACCAUCGUUUCAUGCGUUUGAUACGUCACCUCGUUCUGGUGGUUUCGUUGAUCAACGCUUCUUGACUGGUAUUAAUCCUCAAGAACUGUUCUUUCACACUAUGGCUGGAAGAGAGGGUCUCAUCGAUACAGCCGUGAAGACAUCGCGAUCAGGUUAUUUGCAGCGUUGCAUUGUGAAGCAUCUUGAAGGUAUCGUGGCACACUACGAUUCUACUGUUCGUGAUCACGAUAAUAGCGUUAUUCAGUUUCGUUACGGUGAGGAUGGAAUGGAUGUGUGUAGAUGCACUUUCAUGAAGGCAGCACAAUUUGAUUUUCUGGCUGAUAAUAUGAAUGUAUUACGGCAUCAUUUGGUACCGAAGAACGUCAAUGAAAAUGACUGGAAUUUGAGGAAGAGUGAAAAAGCUUAUAAAAAGGUGAAAAAAUGGCGGAAGUUGCGUUUGGAUAACGAAUCGAAUAGGAAAUACUCAAGUGGUUUCGUUGAGUUCAGUAAUGAACAUAAAAACGUAGCAAAAAAUGAACUUGUGGAUUUGUGGUUCAGGUUAGGAACAGAGCAAAGAGAUGAGUAUGAAAGAAGUGCUCUUCUCAGGCGAUGCCCUCCGAUGGCUGAUGAGAAAACGAAUCCGACACGCACGUUGGGUGCUCUGCCAGAGAAAAUGCUCGAUGAAAUUGAUGACUACGUCAAGAAAAAGGACUCAGAAGGAUCAUCUAUACCCUUAGAAACGUUUCGCAAGACGUUGUUUUGGAAAGGUAUUCGAUGUGGAUGCGAUCCAGGUGAGAAUGUAGGUCUUUUGGCAGCGCAGUCAAUCGGUGAACCAUCUACGCAAAUGACAUUGAAUACAUUCCAUUUUGCUGGUCGUGGUGAGAUGAACGUAACGUUGGGUAUACCACGUCUUCGAGAAAUACUUAUGACUAAUGGAUCUUCCAUUAAAACACCCAGUGCUGAGAUAAGGGCGAAGCCCGGCACCAGUAUAGAAUGCAUAAAUGCGAUAAAACGAGAACUUGAUCGUGUCUAUCUGAGCCAGGUUAUCAAGAAAUUCAGUGUCGUCGAAAGAGUUAACUUAACGGAAAGGGAAAGUUGGCGGAAAUAUGAUUUAACGAUUGAAAUUCAACGUGAGAAAUCACGCGACGAGAAUGUGAAGCAUUUAUCGUGUUACAAGAUAUUAAGUGAAAUUGAGCAUCGUUUCAUAAAACUUAUCGGCAAAUGUAUUACUGAACGUGAAUUUCAAAUGAAUGAAUAUCAGGAUCUGCAGCACAAAAAAGCGACGUCAGGAAAAUUGAUGGCAAGCAUUGAAAUGGAUAGCGAAAUUCAAACUACUCAAAAUCCGCGGGAUGAAGGUAUGAGCAGCGAUGAAGAGGAGACGAGGGUGGAUGCAGAUGCAGAUGAAGUGAGGUUGAAUCGAAGACAUUUGGAUGAUGGUGCUGAGUAUGAAGGGGAAGAUGAGGAACGCAAUGUGAUCACGGUCGAUAACAGCGAGCCGAAUUUGGAACAGCUCGAAAACGAAUCAGAAGACGACGACGAUAACGAGACCGGUAAAAAGUCAGAAAACUACAAUGAACAGUUGGGUGAGGAUUAUAAGAAACGAACUGAUCAAAUGAAACAAGCUGAGCAAAGUAGAAUACAAGGUGUUAUUGGAACGUCACCAAAAGUUUGCGAUUAUAAAUAUGAUGUUAAAAGGAAUCGUUGGUGUACUGUAACGUAUAAGUUAAAUUUGAAUAGUAAAUCGAAGUUGGAUGUUGCCUCAUUGGUUCAGCAACAGUUGCAAACAUUCGUUGUUUCGGAAUGUGUUGGUAUUGAGAAAUGCAUUAUAAGAGAGGAGAAUUAUAAGGGACAACCUUGCCAUAUACUUGCUACGCAAGGCAUCAAUAUUCAGGCAUUAUUUAAACACGCUGAUGUACUGGAUGUUAAUUCGUUCUAUUCAAAUGAUUUAACAUUGAUAUGGCGUUAUUAUGGUAUUGAAGCAUGUGCGAGAGCACUUGUUAAGGAAAUAGUACGUGUAUUUACACCUUACGGUAUUGAUGUGAGUCGAAGACAUUUGACAUUGACUGCUGAUUACAUGACAUUCACCGGUCAGAUCCAGCCAUUCAGUAGGGCCGCCAUUUCUAGCAGUGCGUCACCGUUACAAAAGAUGACUUUUGAGACCACUGUUGCAUUCUUGAAAGAUGCGAUUGUUAAUGGUGAAGAUGAUUACUUAUCAUCACCCUCAGCACGUAUUGUAUCUGGUGAAUUGUUGCGUGGAGGGACAGGUGCAUUCGAUCUGUUGAUGCCCUAUUCGUAUACUUUGAGUAGCAAUAAUUUAGCAUCAGUCAAAGAAGAGUAA